AUGGAAGUGUGCAAGUUGGAGUCGUGCAAGGCGGAGGCCUCCCUGGUGGCGCUGACGGACGCGGCCUUCGACAAGGAUGACGGCGUGCGGCGCCAGAUCUCGCAGUCUCUGUACGAGCUCGGCUGCCACAAUACCGAGCAGGUGCUGAGCGCCUGCUUCGACUUCCUGCUGAAGCACAGCCAGCUGGUGCAGGGUCACCGCACCGUCAUCUUGCAGUGCAUGGAGCGCAUCGUGCGCGACAACAUCAGCCAGCUCGGCCAGCCGCUGGCCAAGAAGAUCAUCAACCUGGCGUCCGAGGAGAUGAUCAAGUCCAGCGAGUCGGCCCUGGGCUGGAAGGAGGCGGCCAGCAACGUGCUGGUGGCGUUGGGCUCCCGGUUCACCGACGAGAUCCUGGAGGACAUCUUGCAGAAGCUGCAGCCGGGCGUGGUGCCGCAGUUCUUUGUGGUGCAGACCCUGGCCAACCUCUCGGUGGCCAACGUGCAUGGCAUCGUGCCCUACCUGACCACCACCUUGCAGACCAUGCUGCCCAUGUUCCACACGAUCAAGCAGGACAACAUGAAGUGGGCCUUCACCUCGGCCAUGGGCCUCUUCAGCAAGAGCAUCCUGGAGUACCUGGCAACGGCAGACAAGGCCUCUAGGCCCGUGUUGACCCGGGAUGCCUUCGCCCCCGAGAUCUACGCCGCCUACAAGGUCUUAUUUGGCACGUGGCUGCGUAACAAGGACACCAAGCUGCGUUCAGCCAUCGUGGUGGCCCUCAGUCACAUGGUGCACCUCCUGCCCCCUGAGCGCAUGGAUGACGAGUUGCCGCGCCUCAUAAUCAGCAUCCUGGGCCUCUACAAGAAGCGCUGCGAGCCCUACCACAUCACCCAGUGCCUGCGCCACAUCCUGGAGGCCGCAGUCGAAGUCACCAGCCACGUGCCCGAGACCCAGAUGGACAGUCUGCUGCCCCAGCUGCACCACCAGAUCUGCCUACCUGUUGACUGCCAGGACUCGCUCAGUACCCGCAACCAGCAGGAGGUGCUGCAGUGCUUCACCGUGCUGUCGCACAUCUCCAUCGACUCCCUGGUCAAGUUCCUGCUGCAGAAGCUAUCCAGCAACAACGACAAGGCGCGGGUGGGGACGCUGACAGUGCUCAACCAUGUGGUGAGCAGCGGGUACAAGGCCCUGGAGAGCAAGAAGGCACUGAUCGUCAGCGGCAUGAAGCAGUCGUUGCAGGACGGCGACAACAAGGUCAAGAAGGUGACCGCCCAGGUCAUCAGCACCAUGGGCGAGCACGGUUACCUGCAGCUGGAAGGAGGCUCCAUCUUGGUGGACUUCCUCGUCCAGCAGUGCACCCUGGUCCCCGAGGAAGGACCCGGGCACCAUCACCACCACCAGGCCCCAGACUUGGACGAGGUGAGGGACGAAGACCUGCGCGAGCUCUGUGAGGGCAUCCUCAGCUUCCUGGUGACGCUGGACAGGAUGGAGGACGUGCUGUGGCCCUUCCUGUUGGAGUUCGUCACCCCGGUGCAGCACACCAAUGCCUUGGCGGUGGUCUGCCGCUGCCUGGAGCAGGUGGGCAACCGGAAGAAGCGGCAGAGCCUGCAGUAUGUGCUGUUGAACUACAACGAGAGGCUGGGGCUGCCCAAACCCCACACCCUCUUGGCGCGCCUGCUGGCAGUCUCUGCCUUGCCCUACAGCGGCCAAGGCAGGGGCCUAGCGGCCCUGAGCCUGCUGCAGGUUCUCAGCCCCAACAUCCACCUGGAUGUGGUGAAACUCUGGGACGAGGAGCUGCCUCAGCUCAGCCAGUUCCUGGCCGAGCACCGGGAGGACACGCUGCCCCAGAAGCUGUGGGAAGACAAGCUCUUUUUCUUCCUGUCCCGCACCCUGGAGACCAUCACCGACGAGAAGUGGACGUGGGAGCUGAGCGAGGAGAUGACCCGGCACAUCCACAACUACCACAGCUACCCGCGGGAGAAGGCGUUCCUCUACAAGUGCGUGGGCAUCGUGCUGGGCCAGACCAACAACAAGGACGUCAUUAACAGUGAGCUGCAGGAGAUGCUACUCAGCGUCCAGCACAAUGAGGCGCUGGAGCGCGAGGGCUUGGCCACGGGCAUCGGCUUCUGCGCCAUGACCCACCUGGACGACACGCUGGCCAAGCUGGAUGACUUUGUCAAGAUGGACAUUGUGAAGAAGACGGCAAGCUUCUUCAACAUCCUGAAGGAGAAGCUGGACGGCGAUAUGGAGCGGGUUAAGAGCACCCUCAUCCUAUGCUAUGGUUACGUGGCGCUGUAUGCCCCCGAGGGCCUCAUCCUUCAGCGGGUGGAGAUGCACAUCCUCGACCACAUCCUCAGCCUCUCCAACACCAAGGUGCUGGGCAUCAGGGUGGAGACCAAAGACCUGAUGAUCAAGUUGACCCUGAUCAAGGCUGUGACCCUGAUCGCCAAGGCCGUGUACGCCAAUAAGGGCAAGCACCUGUUCAAGUUCAGCCGGCGCGAGGAGGUCCUCUCCUACAUGCAGGACCUGAUUGCCAGCGAGUCCAAGACCCACCUGAAGACCAGGGUGCGCCAGUCUGCCAUCAAUGCCUGCACCCACCUCAUCCGCCUGGAGCCCCGUCUCAACGAGGUGGAGGCGUCGGACCUGAUCCGCACCUGCCUGGAGGCCGUCUUCAGCUUCCCGCCCCUGGACAACGACAAGCGUAAGGACACCAGGAAGCUGAAGGAGCGCGAGGUGCUCCACACGGAGACCAUCACCGCCCUCCACGAAUUGCUCAAGGAGUUCCUGAGCCAGAACCUGAGCUCCGAGGGCCUGGAUUUCAUUUUCAAGCACGUGCAGGAGUGGAUGAUCUCCACCAAGGACCACGAGCGGGAGAGGGCCGUGGAGGCCAUGUUGGCCCUGCUCAUCUUCUAUCGGGACCGCUUCAAGUUGGUUAACGUCAGCACCUUCCACAACCUGGGCCUCCUGGUCGGGUGUUUUGUGCCCCGUUGCGCUGACCCGGUGUUGUCCAUCCGCUACAUGGCCAUGGAUAGCCUGUACAACCUGCUGUACAUCCAGGUGCGGUACGAGGGCUGUGUGGCCGAUCAGCCAGACAACCUUGUUGACCACCUCGGCAACAUUAAAGAACAGCUGCAGAAUCCCGACAGCCACAUCCUCUUCCAGAUCUGCUAUGACAUCGCCAAGAUCAUCUCCAACAAGUUGCCCCGCGACCAGCUGCACCCGUUGCUGUUUGCCCUUUUCGAGGGCCUCUCGGACUACCACGCCACCUGCUCCAGCGCCACCUCGGUGGUGAUGAACACCCUGGUGCGCAAGCACGGCGAAGGCCUGAAGGACCACAUCCCCGAGAUCCUCAGCAACCUGCAGUCGCGCAUGCAGACCAUCACCCUGGAGCAGGUCAGGUUCUCGGUCAUUCACUUCAUCUCCAUCCUGACCUCCCAGUGCCUGCCCGGGGUCCUCUCCUACCUCCUCUUCCGGCCCCUGCCCUACGACAAGUACACCAGCGCCAUCUGGCAGUCGUUGGCGCGCGAGGCCAAACUGGCCACCACCACCAUGGACUACCUGCUGGGCAAGAUCAAUGACUACCUGUCCCACGACGACCGCAAGGAGAGCAGCGCCAAGCGCCAACCCUCCACCGGCACCUCGGAGACCGUGGCGGUCAUCUACGCCCUCAACGAGAUGGUCUCCAACCCUGAGUCCGUGGAGGCAGUGAUCAACCUGUACCCCAAGCUCUUCGGCACCCUGCUGCUCUACUUGAGCUUUAUCGUGAAUGAGAGGAUGUCUGAGCUCCAGGGCAGGGGUGUCUCCAAGAAGAAGAAACUCUCCCUGCAGCUGCAGAACACGCCCAACCUCAACGCCUGGGACUCCUCGCUGGAGGCCCUCAAGCUCUUGUUGUCCCGUGGCAAGACGGAGGAGGUGGCCACCAUCAUGGAGGACGAGGGUGGCUGGGAGCUCCUGAAGAGCCCCGAGGACCACCAGCGGGGGGUGGCGCUGUUGGCCCGGGCCUCGGGCAAGCACGGCGCCUCCUACCUGCCAGACACCAUCCGCUUCCUGGCGCCCAUCUUGAGCAACAUCCACGAGCACCAGCGGGUGACCGUGGCGGUGUUUUUCGGUGAGCUGUUGGCACUGCCCGCUGUCCAGGAGCUGAAGGUGACCGAGUCGCUGGUGAGCAGCCUGCUUCGGAGCCUGGACGAUGUGUCACCCACCAUCCACUGGCUCUCCAUCCGGGGCCUGGGCAACGUGGCGUUGGGUGCCCCGCAGGAGAUCCCGCUCUACGCCGAGAAGCUGAUGGCUGCCAUGGUGGGCGGCAUGGACGAGAAGACGGAGCUCAAUGACCUGAUCGUGCUGGAGGCCAUGGCGGGCCUGGUCAAGGUCUUGGCGCAGCUGGACUCGGCCCAUGUGCGGCCCAUCCUGCCCAGCAUCAUUGGCACCGUGGAGCCGUUCUUCGAGAACGAGAGCGAGAAGCUGCGGGCAGCCGCUUUCUCCGUCUUUGGGAGUCUGGCGCGCUUCGGGGGCAGGCAGCCUGAGCCUACCUUCCUGGAGCACGUGCACUCCAGCCUGGUGAGCCUGGUGCUGCACCUCAACGACAACAGCCCCGACGUGGUGAGGGCCUGCAAGUCGGUGCUGCAGAUGGUAGGCCCUCACCUGUGCCCGGAGGGGCCCGGUGCCAUCUUCCAGGGCGAGCUGCUGGAACAGGCCAACGUGCGGUACUGGGAGUUCAUCGCUGAGCUCAGCAAGGUCAUCGUCAGCGAGUUCUCCGACAGGAUCGGCCUCUACCUCAACAGCAGCAUGUCCUUCUUCAAGAGCAUGCUGCCCGAGAUCCGGGGCAACGCCGUCAUCCUGGCCGGCUUCAUCCUGCAGAACCUGCCCAAGGAGUACGUGGAGGCCAGCACCGACGACAACGUCUGCGUUGCCAUCAUCAUGAUGCUCCACGACGUCUCGCCGUGUGUUCGCACCAAGGCUGCCAAGGUGCUGGGCCUCCACCGUGGCUUUUAA